CUUAGCUCAGGUACAGUAUAAUAAACAAGCUUCUUUCAGCUCGAGCUGAAAUCUUCAUUUUCUGCAGAUCUCUCGCGAUACUACCUGAUUAUUUGCAAAAAGUUCAAGUUGAAGAUACCUUGAACACGACACGGACGUAAAGGUUACACCCGCAAAUAUCCGCCAACAUGCGCUUCGCUGGCAGCCUCAUCCUUGGCCUUUUGGCAGUCAACGGCCUGGCUCAAACAGUCAUUCCCGAUCAAAACGCAGAGCCUUCAGCCAUCGCUCAACCAGAACCAUCAGCGCCUGCUGCUGAGCCCUCAAAUCCUGCUCAAGACCAACCCUCAGAUGCUGCCGACGAUGGAGACGCACAGCCGACAGACGCACAGCCGACAGACGCAGAUAGCGUCCCGUCUGCCACAAAUGGCCUAGAGCCAACAGCUGUAGAGCCAUCAAACGAAGCUUCCCAAGCCUCGGGCGGCCAGCAACCCACUGCGACGGCGAGCGAUGGCGACGGUGAGGAUGUCUCAACCGCUGAAGGCACAGCGACAGCAGAUGCUACUGCCACGGAUGCCGACGCGACAGCUACAGCGUCCGAGACUGACGACGAUGACUCGACCAACACAGCCACUGCAACAGCUACAUCCAGCUCUGCUCCCACAAGCACAGGCACCAUAGUUGAAGUCGAUCUCAAGAACGCUACAAUUGGUGAAAACGCUGAACUCGUCAAGGUUGAUGGCAAGGACGCCAUUAAAUUGAGCGCCCCCGCCAACGGCCAAGCAACCUUCCGCGUCGCCGUUGACAGCGACGAUGAACUGAACACAGACGAGCUCAUCUACAUUGUCGCUUCCAUCCUCGUCGGCGAGCCCACCAGCGCGAAACUCCGACGACGAGCCGACAAGACCGAUUGUACACUGCAGAUCCAGGCUGACGGGCAGAACGUCUACGAGGAACCGCUGUACACCAACAAUGGCCAGUUCCAGGACGUUACCAGCAGCGGCAUCCAGUCUUCGGAUAAGCCAGAGGUGCAGGUCACGCAGAAGUGUGGCGACAAGCCAUCGCCUCUGACUGUGAACAACGUCCGUGUUGGAAACGAGAGUGGCGUCAAGUCAAGCGCUGGCUCUGGAGGCUCGGGCAGUGGUGGAAGCGGUAGUGGUAGUGGAAGUGGAAGUGGAAGUGGAAGUGGAAGCGGUGGAAAGGGCGGUAGCGGUGACAAGACUUCCACGGCGACAGGUGCUUCAGCGAGCGAAACUGGUGACUCCGGUAAUAUCGGUGCUAGGACCAAAGCCAGCGCUGGAGCUCUUGCUGCAGCUAUUCUGGCUCUCGCCGCCAUGGUUUAAAUGGACGCAUCUAUUUGGUGACAUAUGGGACGGGGACAUGGGGAAACUAGAUUAUACGAAUCAUUAUUCACGACAAUACUAAUUACGCAUAAUUGACUAAUCGUAUAUACGGCCAAUUCAGUCCUCGUUGUUCAAUUGUGCGCGUGCGUUACCAAACCCUCCAUCAUGUCGCAAUUCCUGCGGCCCUCUUGUCGUCAUCGACCAAUUCUUUGUACCGGGGAGUGCUUCGCUGUCGAAGCAAUUUACCAAACUUGAUCAUGACGAAGCAAGCGGAACAAGCGACCAAAGCGAUAAAAGCAGCUGAGAUGAAGCAAUUUUGAUAGCCCAUGUUGGUGAUCCAAGGCGUGAUGCUGACGUCUGUUAGUGGCUGUUCAUCUCAUCUCACCAGCGGACGGAAACUUACCCAUAACUAAUGGCAAAAGACAUCGUGUUGCGAACCAGAAUAAUCGUAACCAUUGCAUCACCGCUGAGUUCAUAGUAGCUAUCAAUCAGAUAAUUGAUACUGAUGAUGAGUCCCAUGACACUCGUCACAGACAAAGUGCACAUGGCG